UUAUUGUUGUUGUCACUAGCGUAAAUUCUGAAACGAAAUAUUGUUUUUGUACAAAAACACACAAUUUCAUAAUUCAUUCAAACUUCACCAGUUGACAUGAACGCUCGGCAAUUCAUAAAAGUACCAAUUCAAUGGCUAUUGCUGUUUGUGGCUUUGUGCUAUGGUCAACUUGAGAACAGUGAAGCCGUGAUUGUGGUUCCCGGAAAUAGUAGCCCAGCCGCAUUUCAGUCGCUGAAGCAACCGCAAUUUAUUACAAAUCGAACGUGUAAUGCACAUCGUCUCUAUGCAUUGGAUCCGAAUGCACAUUACGAUCAUUUUGCCAAAGAACGAUGCGGUCGAUAUGUUAGCCAUUUGAUAGUUCGACGCAGUGUUAUUCGUUAUAUACCGUCGAAUUUUUUCAUUCAUAAAAAUACGUUCGAAUGUUUAAUCACAUUGCGAAUGGAAAAUGUCUCAUUGAAAGCAAUUUAUCCGCAUAAUUUUGAGAAUAUUACAAAAUUAGAAGUGCUUCAAUUGGCCUACAAUCAAAUUGAACACGUUCCGGCCGGAAUAUUUCGUCAUUUACCAAAUUUGAAUACCGUUGAUCUAUCGCACAAUGCAAUCGAAACAAUUGACACGAAUGCAUUUCGUGACUGCAUCAACUUACAACAUUUGCAAUUGAACAACAAUCGUUUAACUGUACUUGAUGCCGAAUGGAUGCGCGAUUUGGUUAACAUAAAAUACGUUGAUUUCAGCGAUAAUUUAAUCGAAAGUGAUUUUGAUGGUGACAUCUUUCAUGGUGCCAGUGGUGUGAAAUUAUUCUUGCGCAGCAAUCGAAUUAAACGAAUAUUGAGCUUUGGCAGCAAAUCAGAACGUGGCGGAAUAUUUCGUUUAAUUGAUUUGGCCGGCAAUACACUACGGCCACCAUAUCCAAUCAUACCGUUUUUUAAUCAUAAUCUGAGUGUCAUUUAUUAAGUAUCAUUCAUUUCAAUCAUAUUAGAAUCACAAACAAAACGAACAAAAAACAGUUGAACUAAAAACAAACUGUAUACACACAUUUUCACUUUUUUGUUGUAUUGUAAACAUUAAGUAACAAAAAUUAUUUCUAUAAGUAAUAAAUGGGAUCUUCUAAAUGACAAAAAUACUGCUCUAGAUUUUCGAAUCAUAAGAAUUUCAUCAUAUUCGAUUUUAUUCAAGCUAAAUUUAUUAACUCUGUUUAUUUAUUUAAAUCAAUUCUUUUGCCAGUUGAUGAAAUAAAACCACGAUACAUUUUUCCAAUAAAAUUAUUAAACACUUGGAAUGUGAUUUUUUGUAAUUUAAUAAUAAAUGAUACUUAUGCAGAAACAA